GCCACUCGCCAUUUUGUCCUCAGUGCCUGUGAGCCUGUGUUCCUUGAUUUAAAACAGAUUUUUCCGAUCCGAGUGUUGUUCUUGUCCAAAUUAAGGAUUUCAAGCGAUCGAAAAAGAUGAGUUACGGUAGACCACCACCUCGAAUCGAUGGGAUGGUGUCCUUAAAAGUGGACAAUCUCACGUACAGAACGACGCCGGAGGAUCUGAGACGCGUGUUCGAAAGAUGUGGCGAGGUCGGCGACAUUUACAUACCGAGGGACCGAUUUACUCGAGAAAGUCGUGGAUUUGCAUUUGUCAGAUUUUAUGACAAGCGUGAUGCAGAAGAUGCAUUAGAUGCUAUGGACGGAAGGCUGUUAGAUGGUAGGGAACUUCGAGUUCAAAUGGCACGAUAUGGACGACCAACUUCACCACACCGAAGUCGUGGCAGUCAUCACGUAGCAGAAGCAGGGAUCGAAGACGCUCACGUUCUAGAUCGCGUAGUAGAUCAAGGAGCCGCGAUAGAGACCGUAGGCGUUCGUAUAGCCGUAGUCGUAGUCGCUCGCGUUCCGAUAGUAAGAGCUCGCGCGGAAAGUCCCGUUCUCGCAGCAAGUCUCCAGAUAGGCAAAAAGACAGUCGCUCCAAAUCAAGGUAAGUUUUAUAAUUAUAAAUCUUGUUUUGUAAAAUUUAGUUAUAAAUUAUAAACUUAUGAUACAAGAUGAUUUUAAUAUAUUUUGAUGAUAAAUAUUCACAUGAUCUUUUUUUUUCAUACAGGGACUGAAGUAAUUGAACCAUAUACAAGUACAACUGUGAACAGAUGCACGUGCCGCGAGUGCAGAAUAAUCAUUUCUUGAGAACAAAAAGGUAUUCCAUUACCCUCUAUAUCUAGAGCAACACUGUCGCACGUUCACAUUUCUUCUGUCACUUACAUAUUAAUUAUGACGACGCACUAUCUGGGUUUAAAAAAAAAAUGAACCUAAAACUAAUUUUAAUGUAAUGUAUCUAAACUGUGAGUUUAACAAGCUCACGGAAAUUUUCAUUUACAAGUUUUCGUAAUUAUUCUUGCUCUGUUAAGUGAUAUAUUAUUUCAAGUAAUACUUAUUUCUGAUCAGAAGAAAGUAAAUGUGUUUUUCUGUAUACGUGUAUGCACGUUGUAGCGACCGAAACAGCUUGUUUUGAUCAAUGAAUUAAAGUUUAUUAUUAUCCUAUUAAGAGUUUCGAAAUAAAUGCUCUAACACUUAUGAUCUUUCAUUUUGCUCUGAAACAAUAA